AAGGGCACCUGGCAAGGUAACCGUUGUGCAGCGCACAAGAGAACGCGACCUUUCAAUCAGAGAAGAUCCGACGGCCAGAAUCUACUAGCCGUUGGUUUUAAAACUUGAGAGGAGGGCACAGACAUAAAUCCGAUAUUUGCGUCUCCAUAUCGCUUGUGCUUAGUCUAUUUAUAUUUUUUUCUCUCCUCUACUUCUUUCUCCUCCUCCUCCUCUUAAACCCAACAAACAAUUUCAGUACCAGAGCCAGAACUCGAACCAGAGAGAAGAAGAAGAGGAAGAGAGAGACAGAGAGAGAGAUCGUACUCCGUUAACGGGGUUCUUUUGAAUAGUAUCUCUCUAAGAUCAAGGCACGGGCGGGCGUUAAAGAAAGAAGGCUCUGAAGGGUUUUUUUUCUUUUAUCGAUAUCGAAGAAGCUUAAAAGAAUUCUUGAAUUUUGAAGAUAUUUAGCUCUUUUAAUUUUUGGAGGGUUUCCUUUAGAUAUAGACAACAAUGGCUGGAUCCGAUGAGAACAACCUGGGGGUGAUCGGACCCGGAAAUAUUCAAGAGGGUUUACGUGGCCGACUAGGGAAGUUUCCAGUGGCGACCGGAACUAAUCGCCGGGCGUUGAGCAACAUUAAUCGGAACAUCAUCGGAGGUCCACCGUAUCCCUGUGCUGUCAACAAAAGAGGGUUAUCAGAAAGAGAAGCUUUUUGUAAUAAGAACCCACCAAUUCCAGUGCAUCGACCUUUGACUAGGAAGUACGCGGCCCAGCUUGCUAACAAGCAGCAGCAACAACUUGAACCAGAGGAAAUCAAAAAACCAGUUCGCCCAGUCCCAAUUUCUAGUGAGCCAGAAGAUUGUAACAUCAUAGAUGUGGAGGACUACAAGACUAGUGAUGACUUUUCUGCUCCGACUUUUGUGCAACAUACGGAGGCAAUGCUGGAGGAGAUCGACAGGAUGGAUGAAGUUGAAAUGGAAGAUGUCGAAGAAGAGCCGGUGUUGGACAUAGACGGCUGUGACAAGAGGGAUCCACUUGCUGUAGUGGAAUACAUUGAUGAUUUAUACAAUUUCUACAAGAAAGCAGAGAGAUCUGGCUGUGUCCCACCAAACUACAUGGCACAGCAAUUUGACAUUAAUGACAGAAUGAGAGGCAUUCUCAUUGAUUGGUUGAUUGAGGUGCACUACAAGUUUGAAUUGAUGGAGGAGACCUUAUACCUUACUGUCAAUCUAAUUGAUAGAUUUCUAGCAGUUCAUCCAGUCGUGAGAAAGAAACUCCAGCUCGUUGGAGUGACAGCCAUGCUGCUUGCAUGCAAAUAUGAAGAAGUAUCAGUUCCAGUUGUGGAGGAUCUCAUUCUGAUUUCUGACAAAGCAUACAGCAGAAAGGAAGUGCUUGACAUGGAGAAGAACAUGGUCAACGCUUUACAGUUUAAUCUCUCUGUUCCCACUCCUUAUGUUUUUAUGAGGAGAUUCCUAAAAGCUUCACAAUGUGACAGGAAGCAGCUUGAAUUGCUUGCGUUCUUCAUAAUCGAGCUUUGCCUCGUGGAAUACAACAUGCUCAAGUUUCCACCUUCAUUGUUAGCUGCUGCUGCAAUAUACACCGCUCAAUGCACCCUUAGUGGAACAAAGCAAUGGAGCAAGAUAAAUGAGUGGUAUACUGGCUACUCAGAACAGCAGCUUACGGAAUGCUCAAGGCUUAUGGUUAAUUUUCAUAGGAUUGCUGGUACAGGGAAGCUAACAGGUGUACACCGGAAGUAUAGUACCUCAAAACUUGGUUACGCAGCAAAGAACGAACCCGCGGACUUCUUACUGGAUCCUCCAUUCUAGCAGGACUGAUAAAGCAAAAGAUGAAUUGACAUGAAAAGACUUAACCUUAUUCAAGUAAAUUUCGGGGUUGGGGUUAUAGUGCAACUUAAGUUGCCCCCCCACUUCUUGAACAUAGAGAAACUUUGGUAUUCUUUCUUUGAUGCUAAUUGAACACAGCAGGGAGGAUGUUGUCACUUGUCUCCAAGAACAAAAUAAUGUUUUUAAGGCUUGGUUUUCUAUGUA